UUUAUAAUCUGUAUCUAUGGUUGUGAUUUGCGCCCGGCAAUGGAUCUAUAAUCUGUAUUUGAACUUUACGUCCUUGUGUAAAUAAUCUAUAUUUGUGUUACAAAAUAUUGAAAAUAUCAAACAUAUCAGUCCUUACUGUUCGUAAAAUAAUUUUUAUACUAAAUGUUUAACAAUGGCUUAAUUUACCGAAAGUGCCUUUUUUGUUAUCGAAUCAGCUACUACUUUAAUACUUCAUGAGAAAUUUUGUACCACGGAUCUUUUGCUUUACAUCAUGACAAAACGCCGAAGAAUAGUCCAAGCUGACAAAAUAAUACAGAAUGUUGUACAUGUAUUUACUUUAUUAAUGUUCUUACAAUUAAAAGGCUUUUAUUCUACAUUGACAAAUCCUGUAUUAUUAUAUUCAACUGCUGCGGAUAUAAGAGUUGGGAAUCUUUCUCGGCUUAUCAAAGCUAAUCCAAUAAUAAAAGACUUAGAACAAGGAUCAGCUGUUGAUUUCUUACAUGAAAAGAAUCUUGUGUGUUGGUCGGACCCAAAUGCAGAAUUGAUACAAUGUAUGGAAUUUAAUGAUACUUUUACUGGAGAAAAGGUAAAAAUAGUAUCAGAGGGCCUAAUAACUCCCGCAGGUAUUGCAAUAGAUUGGUAUACAAAUAAGAUAUACUGGACAGAUGGAGAGACAAAUAGAAUCGAAGUGAUUAGUAUUGAUGAUAAAUAUAGAAAAGUACUUUUCUGGUCUGAAGUUGACUUGGCUAUUGCAAUAGCUGUUGUUCCUAAGUCAGGAUUGAUGUUUUGGACUGAUUGGGGUGAGGUACCUAAAAUAGAACGAGCAGGAAUGAAUGGUGAUCCUGCAACCCGUAAAGUAAUUGUAAAGGAAGAUAUUUUCUGGCCCAAUGGUAUUACUGUGGAUUAUAACAACAAUUUAAUCUACUGGGUUGACUCGAAAUUGCUAUUUGUUGAUGUUAUUGAUUUUGAUGGCAAUAAAAGGAAGAAAAUUAUCAAGUCAGGCUUAAACUAUCCUUAUGCACUGACACUGUUUAAUGAAAAGCUUUAUUGGACAGAUUGGAAGACAUGGGCUAUUUAUACAUGGGAUUUAAUGACCACCGGUCCUAUCAAAGAGCUAGUUAAACUAGACUCAGUGCCUGUGGAUAUUAAGGCAUUUAGUGAGGGAAGACAAAUUGUACCCACUGAAGAUUAUCCAUGCAAAAUUAAUAAUCAAGGAUGUUCACAUUUGUGCCUUCUAGCUCCUACUCCGCCUGGCUAUGUCUGUUCCUGCCCAACUGGUGUAAAGUUGAAAGAGGGCAGUAAUACUACAUGUAACAAAGGACCGCAAUCAAUGUUGAUUGUUGCUCAGCGGUCGAUGAUUUCAAAAAUAUCACUUGACUCUCCCGACUUCACACCUUACACAAUGCCAUUGAAGGACCUCAAGAAAGUGGUCACAGUUGACUUUGAUCCAAAUACAGAAUAUAUUUACUGGGCUGACAGUGUGUCAAAAAGUCGGUCAACAAUAUCGCGUUGCCGUUUAGAUGGUAGCGAACAAUCAGUUGUGAUUCACAGCAGUGGUAUACCUGAUAGCAUAGCAAUAGAUCCCUUAGCUAGGAAUAUUUAUUGGACGGAUCCCGUCUCUGAUACCAUAACUGUGGCUCGAUUAGAUGGCAGUGCAAAGAAGGUGAUAAUCUACGAUGAGCUCUACGACCCUCGUGCUAUAGCGUUACACCCCACAGCAGGGUGGAUGUUCUGGUCUGAUUGGAAUGAGAAGAGACCGAAAAUAGAAAGGGCGAAUCUCGACGGCGGUGAGAGGACGCUGCUAGUGGGCGAAAGAGUUACAUGGCCCAACGGUAUCGCGUUGGAUACUCAGCACAAUAGGCUUUAUUGGGGUGAUGCCAGGACACAUAAAAUUGAGGUAAUCAAUAUGGAUGGAACCGAUCGCCGUGAACUGCAUAGUAGCGAAAUUCCGCAUUUAUUCGGUUUGACCUUGCUGGGAAAACAUCUCUAUUGGACAGAUAUUCAGCGGCGCACUAUGGACCGGAUUAAUAAAGAUACAGGCCUUGAACGUCAAACAGUGGUGGAACAAAUGGCGAAUAUGAAGGGCGUUAAAGCGUUCAGGGUUAACGAGUCGCUUGGUUGGAAUGCGUGUGCGCAGAACAAUGGUGGAUGUUCGCAUUUUUGCUUUAAUAGGCCGCAGGAUUAUGUGUGUAGUUGUCCUAUGGGUUUAGAGUUGGGUAAUGAUAAGAAAAACUGUAUAGAGCCCGAAGCAUUUUUGGUCUACAGUCGGAAGAAUAUCAUCGGACGAAUUAGUAUUGAAAAUGAUAACAACGAUGUCGUUCAACCAAUCAAGGAUUUGAAGGAAGUUAGUGCAUUAGCAGUUCACGAGUCAGGGUUUAAGUUGUACUGGUCUGACAGCAGGAUGAAGACGAUUAACCGUUGCUCAAUAAAUGGCUUUAAUAUGGAGAAAAUACUGGAGUGGAUGGGGUUGGUUGAAGGCUUAGCAAUAGAUUGGUCUGGUCAGAAUAUAUAUUGGACGGAUACGGCGGCUCAGAGAAUAGAAGUGGCUAGACUGGAUGGAUCCAGUAGAAGGACGCUAAUUUGGCAAGGGUUAAAGAAACCGAAAAGCAUUGUACUGGAUCCAAGGAAAGGUUACAUGUACUGGUCAGAACUCGGUUCAAAGACGAUAAAGCGUGCUGCAAUGGACGGAUCAGCUGUCAGCGUCCUCAUAGAAGGCGUUGGACGCGUCCACGCUCUAGCCAUAGACUACGAAAGACGCGCCAUCUAUUGGGCGGCUUUGGACCCACCGGCCAUAGAGUAUGCGUACCUCAACGGUACUGGGAGGAAAGUACUGGCUGACAAUAUACCUAUGCCCUAUGCGCUUGCGUUGUAUGGUGAUAAAGUUUAUUGGGGUGAUUGGAAUACAGGAAUAAUCGAAUCUGCGAAAAAGACAGAUGGAUCUGAUAGAAAGACGAUUCACACUCAAUUGGACUACAUAUCGGAUUUGCGGAUUUACCAUCGCGCGAAAGAUAGUUUGCCGAAUCAAUGCGGAGUGGACAAUGGCGGAUGUUCACACCUUUGCUUGCCGCUGCCAUCUAACGACUUCCGGUGUGCAUGUCCAGCGCAUUUCCGGCUCAAUAGAGACAAUAUUACAUGUUCGGAACCAGAAGAGUUUCUUCUGUUCGCCCAGAAGAAUGCAGUUGGGCGAAUUUUAAUUGCGAAUGGCGAAUGUAAUGACGCCUUCAUACCUCUUACUGGGCUGAAAAGUGUUAAGGGGGUUGAAUAUGAUCCUGUUGAGAGGUACUUAUAUUGGAUGGACGACGAAAGCCAUUCCAUACGGCGGGUACCCAUCUCAUAUUCGACCACGUCAGCAGUCACUGACUCGACAGUUGUAAUCACGGGUCUGUCUAGGCCAUUCCAUAUGGUUCUAGAUGUCCUGGGAAGAGCGUUAUAUUGGACCUGCCUAGACACGAACUCUAUAAACGCAACGUCCAUAGACAAUAAUUCAUCCACGGGUGUAGUGGUACGGGGAGAGAAAAUGAUGCCCAGACAUUUGGCUUUUCAUCAGACCAAAAGGUUACUUGUAUGGAGCGACGCGGGUUUAGGUGCGAUUAUACGUUCGAGCGUAGACGGUACGUCGCAGGUUGAGCUCGCUCGCGUAACCAACGUCACAGCGUUAGCCUUGGACGAAACAACGGGCACCGUGUAUUGGGCUGUCGCUAGACAAAUACACGCCGUGGAUCUAGAUACUUCUAACAGACGUAUAGUAUGGCAAGGUGGCUGGGUGGGAUCUCUAGCGGCGUAUAGUGGGUCACUUUACUUGGGAGGGGGCGAACGCCCUUUAAUGCGAGUCCCCUUACAUCGGCGGGACGCGCCAGCUUCGCCCGUACAACACAUUUCUAAGAUGCUGGCUUCGAAGACUGUUCAUAGGGUCGUUCGUGACCACCCCUGUUUCGGUGGUGGGUCUUGCGGGUCCGCCCCUGGGUCGUGUGGCGCUGGUGGCGUUUGUGGGUGUGGCUUUCAUUGCGCUCACCCCGCAAAGGCAUCCUGUGCCAAAGGACAAUUUUUAUGCGGCCAGGGUGAAAUGACCGAAGAUACAAACGCACCCUGUAUACCUAUGUUGUGGAAAUGCGACGGUCAACCGGAUUGCCCGGAUGGUUCGGACGAACGUUCUUGUGACGCGUGUGCGGGUGGCGUUAGAUGCGCGGACGGUUCUUGCGGGCCAUCGCUGGGGGCCUGCCCCACGGGUGCCUUUUGCCAUGCCAUGCCGUUGCCCGAUGCUUUCAGAUGUGACGAUCGUCUAUGCCUGUCUUCGAGUCUCCUCUGUGAUGGACAUGCGCAUUGUGAGGACGGAUCAGAUGAAGCACCAUCUGCGUGUGGAUAUAUACAGAAGGAUUCUGUGAUAAGCGCAACAGGCCGUCACUCUAUAGCUGUGUGGUGUGCGUUGGGCGGGGCCUGCGCAGCGCUCGUGGGUGGGGCGGCCGCAGUGCUACGUUGCCGGUCCUCGCCACCGCGACGCUUACCCGCACCUGUCACACCGCUGGUGUACACGAAACCACCAGAUUAUGGAAGGAAUAGGGUGUCAUUGCCAUCUUCAGAUAUCAUAGACAGCGCGACCGGUUCAGCAUCAGCAUCGGACAGCCUCUGUGGACGGUACCCGCGUCCCACCGCCAACCCACCUCCCAGUCCGGCCACGGCCAGUGGCAGGCGGAGGCCCUACCGCCAUUACCGGGCCUCCAACCGCCCCCCGCCCCCGACCCCCGCCUCCACUGACGCCUGUGAGUCCGAACCGGAACCCGCUUCUAGGGCCCCACCACCCUCGCCAGCGCCUUUGCUCUACUGAAAGGCCUAAUAGAGUUUUAUACACAUCUAGUAAAUCAAAGUUUUAUUAAUAUUUAAAUUAAUUUGUUAGCCUGACAACAGCAGUGACCAUUAUAAUAAAUAAUGGCGGGAUACAAAUUUAAUUAAAAAUAAAAUAAUAAUGAAAAGCAAGCUAGGGUUUAAGAAUUUUAUAAAUCAAAGAUGGCGGCUCAGUAUAAGAAGAUUUACUCAAAUGUUUCUUUUUUAAAUAAAAUUAGUUUAACGAACGUACGUUUUAAUUAGGAUUGGAUUUAAACAUUCAUUACACAGUAAUCCCUCCUUUAUAUGAAAUCGCGUUGUAGAAGUAUUCUCGUAAAACCUUUUUGAAACACUUGAAACAGGUGCAGACGCAAAAAAAGACUUGACAAAUCAUUAUAAAUACACUACAGAAAUAUAACUCGAAAAAUCUCCGCGUUAUAGGGGGAAAUUACCGCGUUUUGUGGGGGACGGAAAUCGCGUUAUAACUGGGAUUAAUGUAUUGUAUUUGCCACGAAGCGUUUUAGAUAAAAUUAACAAUCUGUUUCCAAGACGAUCAACAACAUCAAAAUAAUUAUAGAAACUAGAUGGCGGUUAAAAUAGUAUUGAAACUACAGAAAUACUACUGUGACUAUUAUAUUAUAUAAAUGUCUAAAUACUCAACAGUCAAUAUUUACUUCUGACUUUUGAAUAUUCGGACAAUUUUUAAAGUAAGCAAAAAUGUUAGAUAAAGGAAUCUAGAAAUAAUUUUAAUUGAAAUAAUCAAAAUAACUUCGCGGAAUUUCGCACGUUAUUCGGGGAACCUAUCGUGCACUUAAUGCAUAGAAGACAAUUUAUUCAUGUCCGAGGCCCUAAAUGUUAUAAUAGACAAGAUUCAAAGGAGUGUUGACCGAAUUAAGUCACAUGACAUUGACUUUCGCUACUACGAAGUCAGUAGUAUAUGUAGAGAGUCUAAAAUUAAAUUUGUAUGAAAAUUUGUCGAUGCAAACUGUCAUUUUCAUACAAAUUUAGUAUUCGACUUUGUACGGUUAAGGUAUCUUGACUAAGGCCCAUGUCAGAUGCGCCUACGUCACAAUAGGAUCCCUAUUAUUUGUAUUUGGUGACAACCGUAGACAUAUAGUGUCACUGACAAUUGACUACCGUAGAGAAAAUAUCGAACACCUUUCAUGUAUUUUGAGGUUUUAUAACUCAUUCGCUUCCUUUAAAAUGUACAUUAAACCCUUUUUAAAAGAUAUUGACUCAGAACUUUUUUACAGUGUCAAUUGUUUGUCACAUCUUUAGGUCUAUGGUUUUAAUGCGAAUACGGUAUUUUAUAAAAUUCGAACAGCUGUUUUUACACUUUCAAAUUUAAGCAUAUUAAGUUGUGUACGCAAGUGUACACGCUUGCUCAUGAUUUUGUAUCCCAUUACAAAUUAACAAGUAUGAUUCUAAAUAUUCUAUGGUGCUCUAUAAUGUUUGUGCCUCAUUAGAUUAAUAUGUAUAUAUGUGUAAAUAUUUAGAUAAGCAAUUAAGAGCUUCCUAAAUAUAUUGUUAGGUGGCUGUAUUCAAUUGGAAAGUAUUAUUUUACGUUGGGUUUCACUAGGCCAAAUUAAAGUAUAUUAUUGAAUAAAAAAUUUGAAUCAAUAUAAUAAUUUUUAUAAUUGAAUUAUAUUAGAUUUUGUAUUAACAUUGAUUUGUUCCUAGUCAGAAGCCUAUAAUAGUCAUUUGCACUUAACUAUGAUUCACGCACCCUGUACAUACAACAAUGUCGCAGUUUUGAAAAUUUCUCACUAUUUUGGGGUUACCAUGCCGAAAUACAUCUUAAUUAAUAUUUUUGGAAUUAUUAAUGUAUUGUUUUAUAAUUAAAAAAAAACAUUUUAUGUGUAAUUCUUAUAUCUGAUAACAGUAUCAAUGCAGCCCUAAUAUCACAGGUUUUAGUAUAAAUAAAAUGUUUUUUUUUUUGACAGAAGUAAAUUAUUUCAGUAUGGUUACCCAAACGAUACACCCCAUGUUUCUGGAAUAGUCUAAUCUUUAAAAAAAUAUAAGAAUUAAAAAUGUUGUAAAUUAAUUGAAUAAUGAUUAUGAGGAAUUGGAAAGUCAAUUAUAAUGUAGCUAUUUAUUACGCAUCAAACUUUUUUAUUCUUUUUUGAUAGAUUUAUUGAACUGUCAGAACUUUUUGAAUUUAGAAUUAAAAUAUUUGAUUUUUUAUAAGUUUUUUUAGUUACCUGCCAGUGUAGCUAAACUAGUGCAUUGUGAUAAAUUAACAAUUGCCAUUAAUUGCAUUUACUAUGGAAAUUUUAGUCUUAUCUUUUGUCUUAUGUAUUAAAAUGACUGACUUAAUUUUAUGUAAUAAAUUUGUACCUGUUAUUUGUUUUAUUU